CGUGUUGGGGGACCACGAGUUCUCUUUAAAACGCGCCGAGUUCUCGGUUUUUCAUACCACAAACAAAAAGAUGUCAGUUGUUGGGGAAGACAAUUUGAAGAAAAAUGAUCUCGCUCCAAUCGCCGUCGAUAUAUACAACGUUAACAGGGAGCAGUAUGCCCAGCUGGAAUUUUGGAAGGUACUGCAUGUUGAUGAUCUUAUGAUCACGAUCACACUUAAAGCAGCAGCUGAUAAUGGUCGUCUCAUGAAUACUUACGAAGCCAAGGUUUUGGUUGAACUGGAGGAAUUCAGGGAUCUAACUGGUGUUGAUGUGCCCGGCGUUGACACCAGCGAUUUGAGCAACAAACUCGCUCGAUUCGCCGUCCAUGAACACAACAGGGAGCAGAAUGCCAGCCUGGAACUUUGGAAGGUAGUGAAACGAGAGGAUGAGAUAUUUGAUGAUCGUAUAAUGUAUUGUAUCACACUUAAAGCAGUUGAUGGUGGUCCCGUGGGGACUUACUAUGCCAAGGUUUUGGUUACACUGAAGGAUUUCCAGAUUCUUGGUGCUGCCACCUCAGCAUAAACGUCCAUCUGCAUGUUCUAUGAUGCAGGGCAAGAGUGCUAGGAGACCGCUACCAGGGUAUAAAUAAUUUCGUUUGGUUAAUAAUAAACGGUUCUUGCAUUGCAAGUUUAUGCCGCUGCUUAUGUUUGCUUAUUAAAUAAUUCUGUUUGCUUUGUAAUAAACGGUUCUUGCAUUACAUUGCAAGUUUAUGCCGCUGUGUAUGUUUGCUAGAUGACAUCUAGUAAAUUCUAUCACGUUAACGCGUGUCUUUGUAAUACGACUUGUUUGGAUCUGUUUAUACUAGUGUCUUUUUAUCUAUUA